CCUGUCUCUCUGACCCAUCAGCACGCCCUGUCCUGGGCCCGAGCGCCCGCCGCCUGCCUCAACUUCAACUGCAUGCUCAUCCUGCUGCCGGUGUGCCGAAACCUUCUGUCCUUCCUCCGGGGGACCAUCCAGUGCUGCAGCCGCACGGCCGCUCGUCAGCUCGAUCGAAACCUCACCUUUCACAAGCUGGUGGCGUACAUGAUCGCCUUCCACACAGCCGUGCACAUCGGCGCCCAUUUGUUUAACUUUGAGUUUUUCAUGGACGCCCAGCUGGACCGCAACAGCAGCCUCCUGCCCUUCAUCCUGUCUGAGAUCGGCACCGGGGACAACGCGUCCUUCCUGAACCCCAUCAGGACCAACGAGACGAGUCCUACCAUCGUCAUGUUCACCACCAUCGCCGGUCUGACGGGCGUGGUCAUCACGCUGGCCCUCAUCCUCAUCAUCACCUCCUCCAUGGAGGUGAUCCGCAGGUCCUACUUCGAGGUCUUCUGGUACACACACCACCUCUUCGUCGUCUUCUUCAUCGGACUGGUGUUCCACGGCUUCGGGCGGAUCGUGCGAGGACAGACCGCCGUUAGCCUGAAGACAAACAACCCCUUGGUUUGUGCAGACCAGUUUGAAGACUGGGGAAACAACGGCUCCGACUGCGCUGUACCGGAGUUCGCUGGAAACCCUCCAAUGCUCCCAGUGCCUCCCAUCGUGACCAGUCCCCCCCUCUCUGUGUCCCCCAGGCUGGCCAUAGACGGGCCGUUCGGGACGGCCAGUGAAGACGUGUUUCGGUACGAGGUGGUGAUGCUGGUCGGCGCCGGGAUCGGCGUCACUCCUUUCGCCUCCAUCCUCAAGUCUGUGUGGUACAAACGCAUCCAGAACAACCAGGACGUCUUCACCAAGAAGAUCUACUUCUACUGGCUGUGCCCGGAGACGCAGGCCUUCGAGUGGUUCGCUGACCUGCUGCAGUCUCUGGAGGGUCAGAUGGCGGAGAAGGGCGUGACCGACUUCCUCAGCUACAACAUCUACCUCACCCGCUGGAAGGAGACCGAGGCGGCUCACUUCCGUGUGCACCACGAGGCGGAGAACGAUCCAAUCACAGGGCUCAAACAGAAAACUCUUUAUGGGAAACCCAACUGGGACAACGAGUUCACCAAUAUUGCGUCAAAGCACCCAGGGACUAAAGUGGGAGUGUUCCUGUGCGGUCCGCCUCAGCUCGGGAAAUCCCUGGAGAAACAGAGUCUGUCUCACACAGAGGGAGACGUCAAGUUCAUCUUCAACAAGGAGAACUUCUAACAACAACCA